AUGCCCACGAUCCGUGUUGCCGUCCUGAUCGUCGUGGUCGUCGUCUUGGUGGCGCUGCUGCUGGGCGAUGCGGAACUCGUGCCCGUCUCGGUGAUCGUCGUGGUGGUCGUCCUGGUGGUGCUGCUGCUGGGCGAUGCGGAACUCGUGCUCGUCUCGGUGAUCGUCGUGAUGGUCGUCUUGGUGGUGCUGCUGCUGGGCGAGGCGGAACUCGUGGCCGUCGUGUGUAGGCACACAACUCGGUACGACUAUCCCCAGCUGCUUGGAUAUUUGUCCCAUCAACCAUUACUCCACCAACCAGUGCCUGCUUGCGGCUGA